AUGCAACUACUAGCUGCGCUUCUCAUACUCAAAUGGGUUUUGAAGUAUGUUCAGACUUUGUUCGACAAUUAUCGUGGCGCUGAUAUGCCGCGUCAAUCCUCCUCCUCGUCGUCUCCGGACGAAAAUCGUCGGCUGCGGUCUACUCUCAAAGAGAAGAGGCGAAAUAUUGAAAUUAAUGACGCUUUUGAGAAGUUACAGAGACAGCUUCCACAUGUCCCAGCCUCUACUCGUUUGCCAAAGAUUAAAACGCUACGAUUGGCUCUGAAAUAUAUCGAACAUCUCAAUACGAUUUUAAGCGGAGAUAAACAAGUCAUGUCAGACUACAUGACCGCUCCUCGACCUCUAUGUAUAGAAGAUUUUGCCGCGGUGGCUAUGCAGGAGAUCCAGAUCCGAAACAGCUACACAGAUCGAGCUCGAGAAGAAGAAGCUGCAAGCAACAGCUUUGGAAGCGCCCGUAUGACAUCAUCGUCGUCGCCGGUCCAGGAUCUUUCGACUUCCGAGUCACCUCCGUUCCUCACACAAUCUACGGGACCUCUGCCAUCCGUGUAUCUUCAAUCAUCCUCUUACUCGCCAUACCCACAUCAAAGUUACAAUUGGUUCUCCCAUCCAUAA